GGUUUGUGUACAACCGCAGUACAGUACACGGUAUUAGACAACUCAGGAGAUGAGGCGGUGAACAAUCUGAGAUUGCUGCGUGUCAGUGCCUGUCUGCACACGCUUUGUGAAAUUAUCGUGAAGCUCGGCGUUGACCAAGAUAAGGGACAGCCUUCGCGUUCGUCGUGGCCGUCGUCAAAGAGGUUGUUGUCGUCGGCGAAGUAGUCGAGGAGAAGGUUACACAAGGAGUAACAUGAAGGUUUCGGUUUCGGCGCUUUGAAUGUAUGUACUGUAUCGCACCGCGCCACUACGAUCCACUUGUUCUCAGCUUCUACCCUCAUCAUCAGGCAGAUUCAGGCAGGUAUAACAUCGAGGGCGCGACCUCGAACAUUUGGUGUACAGUAUUAAACAUGAACGGCUCGAAUGAUCGAGGAUCAUUACUGGAGGGGUUUCAUAUCGAACCCACAACCGUUGAACAAACCAUUGCACUCCGCCAUGCCGUUCUUUGGCCACAUAAACCUGAGUCGCACGUCCGUCUACCGGAAGAUGACUCUGGAUAUCACUUCGGAGCGUUCGUCUCCUCUUGUGACGCGCCUAUAGCUGUGAUCUCAGUAUUCAAAGAGCCACUGCCUCCGGUCAUUGAUUCGGAACAGGAUGAAGCAUCGAUCUCAGAAGCCAAGCCGCCAUUUGAGGCUGGGCGGUUUCGCAAGUUUGCUUGUGAUUCUGUAUAUCAAGGACAUGGAGUGGGAACGGCCUUGCUGCGCCAUGUGUUCUCUGCUGCGCGAGACCAGUUAGGUUGCUGCGUACUCUGGUGCGAUGCCCGCCUAUCUACCUCUAAUUGGUACGAACGGCGCGGCAUGCAGAUAUUCGGUCCCGUAUUCACGAAGAGCGGCGUCGGAUAUAUACGCAUGAAAGCUACUCUAUAGGAAUUAGAUUACAACUCGGAGAGUCCAUCUGCAACAAUAGAUACUAUUCAGAGUACUAGAAGCCACCUCAGGAAACUUCUUUCUUCCUCUUCAACAUGCUCUGGUACAUCACCCCGUGAGAAGGUCAUAUCUUCAAGCUUGAUCAUCUUAGUCUGAUGGAUGAGCUUGUACCCAAAU